CGUCGCGCGCAUCGUACGCGUGAUUCGUUCGCUCUCGUUGACGAAACUUACUCGACCCAUUCGACGAAACGUGAAUGAAGUGGUGUUUUUGAACGAUCAAUUGUUUUAUCAAUACUUUCUUUUUGUUUCUACGAACUGACUGUUCAGUUUUGUGUUUGUUUAUAUUUGUUUCGUGACUGUACAACUUGGAGGUGCACAGUUCAUUUUCAAAGCGACCGCUUGUUUACGGUCUGCGCACACGCCGGGGUCUGUUCGCCCGCUAUAAUGUGACCGGCGCACGACGAGCGUCUUCUUUCAAGGUGUCUGCGAUGUGGUACUUGUGGACCGCGUUACUGGUGGUGUCGUGCGCACUAGUGUCGGCGGGCGGGGCGGGGGAGCGGCCAGCGCCGGCCACGACCCGCGCGCCGCCUCGCACCCUCGACCGGCAAGCCGCCGAGCUCGCCUGGCGCACCUGGUUACAAAGCCCCGAAAGCAACAACCAGAACGCUCCUCCAAGACGAAUCAUCACCAAGUCAUUGUUCAUUACUCCUCUUGUCUGCCCUAAAGGACAGAGGCUUGAUGGGAAAGAUUGCGUAGAGGUUUUGACGGUAGACAAGUCGGAACACGAGCGUCUACUGUUGAAUCAACUGAACGCGUUUUUCACGGCAUCUCCUGGCGCUGAUGUGGUGUACGAUUACGGAGAAGACGAGCCUGGACCGCUGCAGCUCUCUAUCCCCAUAAACCUAGAAGCGCAGGCCGCUCCUCUACACGGACAAGAGCCAUCCGCACAGGCUCAAGAGCUGCACGGUAACUAUGUCAAAGUUGACAAGAAAGAAAACACGAACCACGAUAUCGGCACUUCUAGCCUAGAAGCCGAACUAGAACUUCUACAACUACAACACUCUCAACACAUUCAAAAUGACACUUCAGCUGAAGGCAUACUUAAUCAUAACGUAUUGCUGCCUUUCGACAAACCCAAGCGUAACAGCCCCGUGGACAAUUCUACCGAAGUAAUCGACAACAUUGACAACGGAGAAGGACAAAAGGAAGUCGUUUUUGGACAUGUUAAUAUUGACCCUGUGCUUCUUUACACCGAACCUACCACAGAAACUGCAACAGAGCAAACUACGAUUACUGAUGCGGUCAGUGAACAAGGGACUGAAGUACCCACAGUUCUAAACAAUGCAAUUUCAGUUAACAACUCAAACGAAAACAGCAACAACACUAAUGAAGUUCCUACAGAGAUGCCGACAACUUCCGAAAUUUCUAAUUCAACAUCACUAAUUUUAAAGAAGGAAAGUGACAAAACCAAACUGAACCCUGAAAAUGACUACGCAGACAUAGGCGAGGCUAUCAAACUGAUAAGCCGAUAUGCAGAAGUGACGACCGAUGAUAAUUUCCCUAAAGAUCAGAAAAAAUAUGCAAUAAAGGACGAUAAUAUAUUAGGCACUCGCACUAAACUUCAAUAUCGCCGCAAUAAACCGAAACCUUUCGAAAAAUUCAUAAGACCUGUUGCACAAUCACCCAUUUUGGAAUUUGCCAAUAGCGAAAAAGUGCCACUGCAGUACGGUAAUGGCGGCUUUUAUCCUAAAAAUGAUGUUUACUACAGAUACCCUUGGCAAAAUCUGUAUUCGCCUACACCACCUCCCGAUUAUCCAUUUAAACAUAUCCAGGACUAUUGGCCAGGUCAAAAUCAUGUGGGCGGUGUUUACAACAUCGUACAUGAGAAUCCUAGGCGACACCAUCAUAGCUACCCUCAUUACUUCAGACCUCACAGUUUUCCAUACGCAAAGUAUCCAGAAUCUUACCAGGGAUUACAACAGAUAUACUCUGGAAAACUUCAGCCGCUUACCCGCAGAACAAUAGACCUUACUCACCAAAGCGGGACGUUGCAAUCUCAGGCCAACAACCAAGAUCUUUACAGUCUCCUAGGUUUGAGGCACUGGUUCAGCAGUCAAGGGUCUUCGAAAAGAUAGCCUGUUUCUCCGGUAUUAGAAAAUUCGAUGUUACCCGACGAUAUAUAAUGAAAGCUAUGGGAAAAUUUACAUUACCAUUAAUU